GUUAGUUUCCGACGAGAAAAUGCUCGUUUAGCAGCACACAACCGAUUUCUUAAUACAGAAACAGGAAUUCAAAAUGAAAUUCGUCAGCUGAAUUACUCCCCCACGAAGAGCACGUCCAUCAGAUCAAACCUCAACCCAAAAACCCUCUCUCUUCAACAUGCACCAUCUAUAUCUCAAGGUAUUCAGUUGCUCUCCCCACAAAACUUGCCUGAUAAACUUCGGCAUGUAUUUCCUUUCAAGCUCUUCAAUGCCAUUCAAUCAAAAUGUUUCGGGCCAAUAUUUGACACAAACGACAAUAUAAUAGUUUCGGCUCCGACUGGUAGUGGCAAGACUGUACUACUUGAGCUAGCAAUUUGCAAGUUAGUUGAAAAAUAUCCCUCGGGGCAGUUUAAAAUUAUUUAUCAGGCUCCUACAAAAUCACUUUGCUCUGAGCGCCUUAGAGACUGGCAAAAAAAGUUUAAUCAUUUGAAUCUUCCAUGCGCUGAACUCACCAGUGAUACCAGCCAGUCCGACAUGAUACGAGUCCGGAAUGCAUCAAUAAUCGUUACAACGCCUGAAAAAUGGGACAGUAUAACCCGUAAAUGGAGUGAUCACCACAAACUAGUUCAAAUGGUCAAAUUAUUUCUCAUUGAUGAAGUUCAUAUUUUAAAAGAUGUUAGAGGGGCCACUCUAGAAGCUGUCGUGUCUCGCAUGAAAAUAAUGGGAGCGAAUGUGAGAUUUGUGGCCCUGAGUGCGACUGUACCAAAUUCUGAGGACAUAGCUGUCUGGCUUGGACGAGAUCAUACCAAUCAACAUCUUCCUGCCCAUCGAGAGACGUUUGGGGAAGAAUUUCGGCCAGUAAAACUUCAAAAGCAUGUGCAUGCAUUUGAUGGUACAUUUAAUGAUUAUGCCUUUGAUAAGUUCUUGGACGGAAAGCUUACCUCUCUACUACAGAAAUACACGCAGAAAAAACCCAUAAUGGUUUUCUGCUUCACAAGAAAGUCUUGUGAAGGCACUGCUUCUAUUUUAUCAGAAUGGUGGGCUAGGCAGCGGAUUUCAGAUCGUCCUUGGCUAGCACCCCGGCAAAAAGUUUGUAUUGGAUGUAAAGAGCUUCAGAGUGUAGUUUCUUGCGGCGUUGCAUUCCAUCAUGCUGGUCUCGAUGCACAGGACCGCUAUGCUAUUGAAACUGGAUAUCUCAAAGGUGAUAUUAGCGUAAUAUGCUGCACUUCAACAUUAGCCGUUGGUGUUAAUCUUCCGUGUCACAUGGUGAUACUGAAAGGAACAGUUGGAUUUCAAGAUGGUGUUCUACGCGAAUAUUCAGAUUUAGAAGUUAUGCAGAUGCUAGGAAGAGCUGGAAGACCCCAGUUCGAUGAUAGUGCUAUCGCCAUUAUUAUCACACGAACUGGAAAGUCUGAACGUUACAAAAAAAUGAUUGCUGGCCAAGAUAUACUAGAAAGCACACUUCACCUAAAUCUAAUUGAGCACUUAAAUUCGGAGAUCAGUCUAGGUUCAGUGAAGGACCUUAGUCAAGCAAAGAUUUGGAUAACAAGAACUUUUUUGAGUGUUCGCAUGCGUCAAAAUCCAAUGUUUUACCAAAUAUCGGGCGUGACAGAUAGAUGUGAUACGGAUGAAAGACUUGAAAAGGUUUGUGAAAGAGAUAUCAAUCUACUCAAGGAGUAUCUCCUAGUUCGCGGGGAAGAGCGACUGACCUGUACGGAAUACGGAGAGGCUAUGUGUAGAUACAUGGUUCAAUUUGAAACGAUGAAGCUACUUGUUUCCAUACCUAAACAAGCCAAUAAGGAACAAAUUUUAUCAACCUUAUGUCGAGCAGUUGAGUUCAAAGAUCUCCGUAUAAAGCCUGCAGAGAGGUCUUGCUUGAGACAACUGAAUAAAUCUCCAUUGAUAAAAUUUCCAGUCAGCGAACCGAUUUCUACUAUAGCCCAGAAGGUAUCAAUAAUCAUACAAGUCCAUCUUGGAGGAAUUCCGUAUCCUGACGAGAAAGAAUUUGGUCCUGUACGUCGACAGUUUUCAACUGAUAAGAAUAUCAUAUUUGAAAGAGCUCAACGGCUGAUUCGAUGUGUAAUUGAUUGUAAGGCAUUCGAUCUUGAUUCAGUUUCCGCUCGACAUGCACUCGAACUGUUUCGAAGUCUGUGUGCUGAAAAUUGGGAAAAUUCGAAUUUACAAUUACGACAAGUCCCUCAGAUUGGACCAGUGGCACAUCGCAAACUAACCGAAGCUAAUAUUAAUACCGUAUAUGAACUCGCACAACAAGACGCCGCUUCCAUCGAAAGAAUCGUAAGCAAAAAUCCUCCAUUUGGGAUAAAGAUGAAAGAUACCCUCGCAAGCUUCCCUCGCCUAAAAAUUUUUGUUGAGAUAAUUAAUAAAAAUUACCACAUCGAAGUAAAGAAAACCCUUAUUUACGUCAGGGCUUCAAUUAGCUAUGAGAACAAAGAACCUCCGAUUUGGCUAAACAGAAAGCCAAAUGUGGUUUUCAUGGCAGAAACCUCUGACGGUAAAGGAUUUGAUAUAAGAUUUACGGUUGAUCUAUCUACAUGGAAGGAAAUAAAGUGCUGGGUAGCGUGCGAAGAAAUUGUUGGUACAUUACGAUCCACAGUUAUUUCAUAUGAUAUGUUGGGUCCGAACUUCUUAAAACCGUCAGGUCGAAAUGGAUCAAACAUUGAGAAAUCGAAAAUUUCGGAAUUUGAUCAAGAUGAAUUCGACGAUGAUGAUCUUGGCGACGAAGAUAUGCUAGCCAUUAUCAAUGGGGUUGAAAAUUCUGAUAACAACCAUUAUAAUUCAGAUGAAUUUAUGGACAUUGAUAAUUUGGAGUUGAAAAAUAAAAGCUCUCCCCUUCUAACGAAAUCCAGCACGAUUAAUAGAAUGAAACCUAUAAUUGAAUCUACUCGUAUGUAUAACGGGAGAUGGACUUGUCAGCAUGAUUGUCGUGAUCGUGGAGUUAGAAAGGAUGGAAAAUUGUGCAAGCAUAAGUGCUGUCAUGAAGGAACAGAUAAACCUUCUAGACUAAAACGAAUGAACUCAUUGAGCAAAACGGCUGUAGCUAACAUAGAGAGUCUAGAUGUUAAAAAGCGAACAAAAAAGUCAGCUAAAAUAGAUACUAGAUUUUUAGAAACAAAGCUGAAGCCAUGUCAAAAUGGUAUAGCAAACGUUAAUCCAGUUGAGAUUAUUGACUUAUCUAUUGAAUCUCCGAAACCCUCAAUAAAAAGCACACCCCCCUUCGGCUAUGAAGUUUACAAUGAAAAUGAAAACGAUAAUAAUGAAAAUAAUUUAGCUGUCAUAGAGAUACCAGAACAACAAAACGCUAAAUUUUCUCCUAUAAGUACUUUAGGAUCGAUUAUGACACCCAAAGUACUUGAUUUCAAUGAAGAAUACCAAUUAGGAAAUAUAGAAGCUGGAAUCCUAUCAUCACCUACUUUGAAAGCAAUAGAUCUUGAAAAAAAAAGCCAUUGUGGCCCAGUUAUAGGUGGAGAAGAUAGCCUUUUCUGCACUUCAUCAUCAAGUAAUCUAAAUACGAAUCUUGGUUAUAGGCCAGAGACAUUUACUUCAGAAUCAAGUCUUCACCAGGAUUAUAUUAGUAACACACUUAAGUCUGAUAAUUUUAGGGAGAAAAAUAGUAUCCAAGAGAAUACAAUGUCUAUGAGUUAUUCUAUGAUUAGAUCAUCUCCUGAACAAACUGAAAAAAUCAAUAAAAAACGUCCAAGUUCCCUUAGUCCUACUAUACCCGCUAAAAAGUAUUGUCAAUUAAUCAAUACAGACCUUUUAAAACCCCAGGGAGAUAGCACUGGCAGCCAUCCAGUUCCAACGUGGGUUAAAGAAUUUGAUUCAGACUUGAUUGACGAACUAAAAGAUUAUGUUGAAUUUAUCGACUGA